GGCACCAGGGAAAGAGGGGGGUGAAUAGAGCUUUGCUGAAAGGGACCCCUGAAGCUUACUGCCUGACCCUUUCUGGACUCGGGGCCAGGAAGGAAUUGACACUACAGAUGGGCUAGGGAGGUCCUCACCAUCCAGCCACCUGGUCUGGGCUCCCUCCACACUGCCUUCCUUUCAUCAAAUUCAACUGGUAUUUGGGUCACCUAAUAUGUACCAAGCAGGCACUGUGGGGGAACACAGAUGCACAGGUGUACAUAGCAAUCCAGAGGCCCUAGGCCAGACUCCAGGAAACCAUGACCUCCCUAGGGAAGCCACAGUGUCAGAUAGAGGUCACACACAAGCAAAGAGUAUGUGAGGGAGGAAGGGGAACACCAUAGGAAGAGAUUGGAAGGCAGGAGCCAGGAGCCAGUCUUGCAGAACCAGGUCCUCUUGCUGCUGAUAGUGAGGUUGUCAGAUGCUGCUUCCCCCUGGUGGCCGUAGGCUGCCCUGCAACUCUGAGACCACGUGAUUUCUGGGAACAGGACCUCCCUGGAGGAGAACUGAAACUUAGGGCGGGGACUAUAGCAAGGGGUGGAGAGAUUCCGAAGCCACCUAGCCAAGGAACUAAGCUGAGUUUCGCCGAGCGCUGGGACAGCCUGGACAGCAGCUCAGGAUGGCAUCAGGCAGGGUGCGUUGUACCCGAAAACUCCGCAACUGGGUGGUGGAACAAGUGGAGAGUGGGCAGUUCCCAGGGGUGUGCUGGCAUGAUACCACUAAGACCAUGUUCCGAAUUCCCUGGAAGCAUGCAGGCAAGCAGGACUUCCGUGAGGACCAAGACGCUGCCUUCUUCAAGGCCUGGGCAAUAUUUAAGGGAAAGUACAAGGAAGGGGACCCAGGAGGCCCUGCUACCUGGAAGACUCGCCUGCGCUGUGCCCUCAACAAGAGUCCUGAAUUUGAAGAAGUUCCCGAGAACGGCCGUAUGGAUGUUGCAGAGCCCUACAAGGUGUAUCGGCUACUACCGCCAGGAACCCUCUCUUCCCAACCAGGAAUCCAGAAAUCACCAUCAAAGCGACACUACAGUUCUGUGUCUUCUGAGAAGGAGGAGGAAGAGGGUGCCAUGAAGAACUGCAUACACAGUCCCUCCUUGCUUCAGGGCCCCCUUGAUAAUGAGGAGGCAGGGGCCGCUGGGGGAGCAUCCCAUUCAGACAGCAGCAGUAGCAGCGGCAGCAGCGGCAGCAGCGGCAGCAGCCACAGUCCUGAACCACAGGAAGGUACCACCUCUCCUGUCUCUUGUGUCAUCCCCUAUGUCAUACCCACUGGCUCUAGGGACUCCCCAGUCCCAGUUUGGAUGACCAGUGCCUUUGCCUCCCUUCCAGGUGCAGACACAACUGAGGACCCCUUUCAAGGGGAUCAUGUGUCCCCGGAGUUUCUGCCCCCUCCAGAGUCAGACUACUCGCUGCUGCUCACCUUCAUCUACAGCGGGCGCGUGGUGGGCAAGGCCCAGGUGCAGAGCCUGGACUGCCGCCUUGUGGCUGAGCCCUCAGGCUCUGAGAGCAGCAUGGAGCAAGUGGUGUUUCCCAAGCCUGACCCACUGGAGCCCACACAGCGCCUGCUGAGCCAGCUUGAGAGAGGUGUCCUGGUGGCCAGCAACUCCCGAGGCCUCUUCGUGCAGCGCCUUUGCCCCAUCCCCAUCUCCUGGAAUGCACCACAGGCCCCGCCUGGGCCAGGCCCACAUCUGCUGCCCAGCAAUGAGUGCGUGGAGCUCUUCAGAACCACCUCUUUCUGCAGAGACUUGGCCAAUUACCUCCAGGGCCUGGGCCCCCAACCCAAGUUCCAGGUAACACUGAAUUUCUGGGAGGAGAGCCCUGGCCCCAGCUAUAUGUCACAGAAUCUUAUCACAGUGCGGAUGGAGCAGGCCUUUGCCCGACACUUACUGGAGACUUCAGAGGAACGGGCAGCCGUUCUGUCCCUGAUGUAGAGCCUGGGGACCCACCUUCCACCUCACCUCUCUGUUCCUCCUGACUCCUUUGAAACAGACUCAUUCUCUACCCUGUUGACAAACCCGCUUCCUUUGUGAUAAUUCUCAGUGGCUGACUGUGAUAGUUAUGUCCUUGAGCUUUUUCACAUACGCUGGCUGGUGGAGAACUCAAGGAUAAUUUUUUUUUUAUUUUUUGUAAAAAAAUCUUUGAGAUAAACUGUCUUUCAUCUCUAAGGAACUGGGAAAUUCCAAAUGGUAUGAACUCAGGGGGCCUUUCCCUUUUCCCCUAAUCCCCAACUCUAAAGCCAAGCACUUUAUAUUUUCCUCUUAGAUCUUCACUAAGGAUUUAAAAUAAAAUGUUACUGAAAGAGGAA